UGCGAAAUUGUCUGGCCUGUGACAAGUGCAACCAUUACAUUUCUUUCCAUCGUUCCCUGAACAAGAGUAGCAAUCUCUCCUGGAAAGUCGCUCUACUUUCUUAAUUACACAGAUUUCUCUCGUGAAAUGUUAGCUGUUUGUUUAUGUGUCCCAGCAAUGAUGAGCAUUCUGUUUCGUUAGAGGCAUUGGUACCAAUAUAAGUAAUAUUACUUGACAAAAAAAUUCCCGAAAAUGGCACGUUCAGAAUAAAAUAAUAAUAAUCGUUGGCACCAGAUGGUCUUAUCAAUGCCUUUCACAAUCUAUCCCCAACGAUAAAAUGUGCGGGGACACCCGUAGCCAACUUCAUGCAGCACUCGCCCGCGCUUUUCCAUUCACCGAAAACCCCUAUUCCACAUCAGCACCAUCUUGCACACAGUCCCACAACAAGAAUUGACAACGCUUCCCCCUAUUCCGAGCCGACUGUCGCGCGCACUGCUUUGCCGACGUUCUUGAGUUUUGUAUGUGGACGGGCAACUUUUUUGAAGGGACAAGACUCUUCCAAAUCGCGCUACUUCCCGAGCAAUUUUUCCUCGUAAACAUAACCUUUUCCCGUUUUUCGCUAGACCUACGCGUCCCGCGCACAGAAUUCACUGUGGAAAGCAAGCACAAGUGGGUCGGGCAGGUGCAGUGUGUGAGUUUCGCCGCGAAAUCCGCCGUGUAGUCGGAAAAAUCGGUGGAGUUCCAAGGAGCGCUUGUCACUGUCGCGGUCGUCGCCGAAUUCGAGUGUCGCUCCGCGGGUGCAAUUGCAUUUCGCCAAGAGCCGGCGAUUCUGUGAACGUGCAGUGGCUCCGGGCGGAGCAGGGAAUAGUGGAGUGCUGGAGUGAGGGCUCGAGCGUGCUAAUCCAAGUGCAAUGCCGGCCAGCGGCUAUCUCCUCGCAAAAUCAAUGGGAAAGUGCUCAUAACGCGGUAAUUUGUCUGCCAUAUGCCAUCCGUGCAGUGCUACUCGGUCGAAGGUGGCGUCCGCGACUCAGUUCCCCACGCGAGUUGUACUAGAGUGAUGUUUUUGUAGUGUCAUUUCGAAUCUCAGCCGGGUGACUUUCGGGGUUGCUGUUGGUCAACAAGUAUUGGUGUCGUCGGGCCCCUGAUGCGAUUAUCACCCUGUUUUGAACUGUGAUAUUUUCCAGACUGUUUCGGGGAAUUCGUCCGGAGUCCCGUGUUCGCGAUGAUCCCGUUCGAUUGUCGUACUAGAUCCGCGAGCAGGAGAAUGACGUCCCCCCACCGCCGUGCUGUCAAUGCCCCUGAACGACAUUCGCAACUACUCGGCGCAGAUGGAGCGCCCGUCGCGUGUGCAAGAAAAUGGCGUCAGCUGCCAAAUUGCUUGACAACGAUGCUCCUCUGAACGCCGCGGAUAUCACUAAUUCUGAGGUGAGUCCCUUGAAUUGGACAAGCGAAAAACAUUGUAGUGACUCGCGAACGUCACCCACGCUAAAUAACAAUUCGAUAAAGAACCUAAAAGCGGUCGAGGCCAAUAAUAACAUUGACGCGCUUUCGCACAUUACAAGCGCAGGUGUUGCCAUAUCCGACCCUAGUCUAACGUCAAAUGGACAUCAUCACCGUCAAAGUCUACAGCAGGCUGAACCGCCGUCGCAGCAGCCUCCUGAAAAAACUGCCGAAAACCCUGCAUUUCGCGCGUCCGUCUCCACAGAUACCGGCAAAUUCUCAGAUCCCAUUACUUGUGUGACCGAGAGCAGUUCGUUUCCAGUGACCGAGGCCGCUCAACAGGUGGCGAACGCGAAAAUUGAAAGUGUCGGCUACUCGCACUGUCAGAAGACUCCGCCACCGUUGUUGCAAUUCUCACUCGCGGCAGCGAACCCGUCAAUUACUACGUAUCCAGGCGCACUCGGAGAGCCGGCGCCCCCAGGAAAUCCAACGAGCGCGACCACCUAUCAACAUUCGCAGCAGAAUAUGCCAAAGAGCAAUGAACCAAUUAAAUUAGUUUAUCCAAUAAGCACCAGCAAUUCGCAUCAUUCGAGUUCGCAGCAGCAAUCUCAGCAGACGCACUCGUCGCAGGCGUCUCAAAUUGUGACAAUGAACAGCAGUAGCGGUGCUCCGCAGCAGCAGGCGGGAAAUCGAGUCACCUUCACUAGCCAGUCGCUCCCCAACGGAACCAUCAACAUUACAACGUCGCAACCGUCGCCCCAGCAGAUAAUGCAUGCCGUCUCGUCUGCCGGCAUCCCGAUUACGACAACAAUAAAGACCAUCACCGCCGCGACUGGCACCGCGCAGCAAAUCCAGCAACAGGCGCAGCAGCAAGCGCAGCAGAAUCAGGCUAAUCAAAAUAUUGUAAGCACUUCAACAAUGCUUCCGGCAAGUGUUCAGAUAGUUGGGAUGCGUCCCGGCGCACCUACACAGAAUCAACAGAAAAAUGCUGUCUCUGGUCUUUCACCCCGCGUCGUAAUUGGAGGUCCCAUGGUAGGAGCAAGACCGCAGAGUCCAGCAAUAACAUUAAAUGCAUUACAGCCAGGCCAAGCGGGAUCCGCUCUGCUACUGAAAACAGAAACAGGCUAUCAACUUCUACGUGUUGGGCCGCCAUCAGCAACGCCCGUUGCCCAAAAUAUACCGAAUUCAGGAAAUCAAACGAUACGAUUACAGACUGUUCCGGCUGUAAGUAGAUUCACCGGUCCACCAUUAGCACUCCGUAAAACGAUUGUUACUCAGCAUCAGGUGAAACAGAAACAAAAUACCGUAGCAUCAGUUGCGAGUAGUAUAGCUGCCGUUAAUUCCGUAAUUUCAACAAACACAACCCAAGUAUUAGCGACGUCUAAUUCCACAAACAUUCAGCAACCUCAACAGACAGUUGUUGCCUCAGUAGCUCCGGUCCCGAUACAAUCGUCACAACCCGUCACGAUCCAACAGCAACAGUCUCAGACGCAGCAUCAGCAAAUCCAACAGCAACAAGUUGUCCAGGCGGCGCAAACCGUCGCGUCCAUGAACAAUGCUGCUACGUCGACGACAACGGGCGUUAUGACACAAACACAUGCGCCUCCCACGCCAACGCAAAAUGCGGCAUCUCAGAAAAAACCAAUGUUACAGGGAAAUACCAAAGAAAAGUGUCGAAAAUUCUUAGCUAAUUUGAUCGAGCUAUCGAGCCGGGAGCCGAAGCCCGUUGAAAAGAACGUGAGAACUCUUAUUCAGGAACUGAUCGAUGCAAACGUGGAGCCUGAAGAAUUUUGUGAUAGAUUAGAACGACUGUUAAAUGCAAGUCCGCAGCCUUGUUUAAUAGGAUUUUUAAAGAAAAGUUUACCUCUCCUGCGACAGUCAUUGUUUACAAAAGAAUUAGUAAUUGAAGGAAUAAAGCCACCUCCUCAGCACGUUGUCGGGGUGAUCGGGUCAACAACGUUAACUACCACACAGCUACCUAAAAUCCAGGCGCAGAUCCGUCCUAUUGGCCAACAGACAACAACAAUAGGACAAACACAAGUAAAAAUGGUGACGCAGACAGCACCGCGGCCUGUGGGCCAAACGACAAUAACAAAACAGACGGCAGGCGGAGUUCGUAUUCAGGGCCCGCUGACCACGUCAAUUGGUAUUUCUAAUACCGGUCCACGUCUCAUGAAUGCCCAAAUACGACCUGUUGGGGUCCCAUCGACUCCAGCAGGACUAGUUCAAAGUAGUAAUAUUCAAUCCCCGCCUGCAUUACAACCUGUAACUGGAUCACAAACUUCAUUUACACCUACCCAGAAUGUUGUUCAAAUCCGUACAACAAAUACAAACCGACCGCCUGCAACGGUGCAAAUACGGGCGACAGCGCCCAUUAUUCGUCCUACUACGCCGGGGAACAAAAGUUCUGGACCAACAAUAACACAAGUAAAAGUCGGACAAACGCAAAUUAAGCAAAUAACAGCGCCGAACGCCACCGUCUCUGUACCAGUCAAUAGUAAUCUUACAGUAAACAGUAAUAAUAGUAGUACACCAACCAAUGCCAGCACGAAUAAAGUGGUAACAAUUAAAGCACAAAGUGCCCAACAAGCAUCGAGUAAAAAGGAUGCAAAGGAAAAAGAUAAAAGCAAAGCUCUGACGACAUCGACAUCGGCUUUCUUUCAACAAUCCUCCGUUUCAUCGUCAAUGUACGGCGAUGAUGAUAUCAAUGAUGUAGCCGCAAUGGGUGGUGUUAAUUUAAUAGAAGAAUCACAACGUAUUUUGGGGUCAACGGAAAUGAUCGGAACGCAAAUUCGAUCAUGUAAAGAUGAAGUUUUUCUCCAUUUGCCGGCGUUACAGAGUAAAAUUCGUGCUAUAGUAGCGAAACACGGGCUGGAAGAGCCGAAUCAAGAAGUGGCGGUCCUUAUUUCGCAUGCAUGCCAGGAACGUUUAAAGAAUAUUGUAGAGAAAUUAGCUGUGAUUGCAGAGCAUAGGAUUGAUGUAAUAAAGCUCGACCCGCGAUAUGAAAUUACAAAAGAUGUUAGAGGUCAAAUAAAAUUCCUAGAAGAGUUAGAUAAGGCUGAACAGAAGCGGCACGAAGAGCAGGAACGAGAGAUGCUUCUUCGUGCUGCUAAAUCUCGGUCGAAAAUCGAGGAUCCAGAACAAGCGAAGCUCAAAGCAAAGGCAAAAGAAAUGCAACGAGCAGAGAUGGAAGAACUGCGGCAACGUGAUGCAAACAUGACAGCGCUGCAAGCAAUCGGACCUCGGAAAAAACCUAAACUAGACGGAGAUGCAGUUGCUUCAUCAAUCCAAACUGGUACAACGGGACUCGGAACAACUGGUAUUUCGGCUCCGCCUCUACGGCCUCGAAUAAAACGUGUUAAUCUAAGGGAUAUGUUAUUCUUUAUGGAACAAGAACGCGAGACGUGCAGAAGUACAAUGCUUUAUAAAGCCUAUCUUAAGUGAUCGAUAAUUUCUAUGUGUCGUCACAUUUCGGUACGGAUACCCCUAGCCGCCACAUAUAUCCACCAUCGAUGUGUCAGUAGCACUGCUAUCGUUGUCAUCGUCACCCUCAUCACCAGCAAGAUUAACGUCACCGUCAUCAAAAGCAAUUCGCUAUUCGAGUUCAGAUGUUUGUUCUUCUGUUUUUCGUAAUUUUCACAACAAUACAUAGAAUAAUUGCAUAGAAUGAAUAUGAUUAGUAGUACUACUAAUGCGUUAAGUUAGCCCUUAAAAUAUCAUCUCCAGUUUGAACCUCAGAAGCAUAUUGAACGCCAGGUCUGCAACAGAUUGACGCGCGCUUAAGCUAAGUAAGUACGAAUUUUUGUGAGAUUCAUUCGGUGAUGCUUACAGUUGGCGUGGAGGUAGAUUGGUGUGUAUAUUUCAUAAAUAUAAAGACGAAAGUAAUUUGAGUUGAAGUGGGAUUUUUAGCUGAACGCGAAUUUAUAAGAAUUAUCUAACUCCUGUGGAAAUUCCGGUUUCAAUUCUACUGCAUUGAUAGACAAUGCAUGAGCAUUUGAUACGCAAUAUUGCUCGGUUUUUUGGUUAGGAAGUAUUUGCUCCUCAUACACCAAUUCACGCUUAGUGCAGAAAACAAGGUCAAAACGAAGAAUAUUUUUGCUCCGUAUAACAGAAUAGUCUAGGUGGCGGUAUCGAUGGAGAAAAUCAUGCAAACAAGUACAGUUUAUGAGUUCGGUUCUCUUCUUUGAGCCCACUAGGGGUUCAUAGAUGAGUGGGAUAAAAUGAAAUGCGUAAUGUGUGAACAAUUAAAGGAUCAUGUCCGCUAAGUGGAUUUUGUGAUUUCUGGAUUUAGAAAAACUUUACCUUUAUUUCUUGUUAAUCAAAUUUUGCUUCAAUUUUAUUUGUUCAUUUUAAUGAUCGUUCUAUUAAAACUUUUUCCGGUUAUCAUGUAAUUAUAAGAUGAAAAUUUAAUGUAAAAUUUGUUAAUAACCUUCAAUUAUUACGUCGUUCUAAAAAGCAAUUAAAUUGUAAGUAUCAAAAUAUAGUUUUCAUUUGGUUUUCAUGGAGUUAGUCACAAUUUUCGAUCAAUUUAGGCACUUCCAUCCAGGUUCAAGAAAACGCAAAGCAAACAUGUUAAUAUCAAUCCGCGAAUGGGCCCAAUAUGCGAUUGUGUAUGUUCAAAAGUAUAAAAGAUACCAUAUCAAUCUAUUGUGGUUAGUGGUAUUCUGGCAAACGUGAAGUGGAAUAUAUAAUGUUAGCUGGGCUAUCACGCAUAAUUGUUGGUGAGUUCAUUCAACCUCCCCCAUAAGCCCAACCACACUUCUGCUCCAUUGUUGUUUACAUCCUGUAUUUGGCCAUUUGACUAUUGGGUGGUAGACAAGGGUCAAAGUAAUUUGUUUGUUAAAUGACGUGAACCACUGAAAACUCCACAUUUUCAAUAUCUCAUCUCACAGGCAUUAAAAACCUUCACUCAAAGCAUACAUCAUACAUCGCAUUUCCGUGUGGAUUUCAAUUAUACCAAGCAAACCAAACAGCUGAGUAUCCUACCAGAACCAAUUGGUACAUUUCACAACACAAACAAGAAAAAAAUAUAAAAUCAAUAGGUCUUUCAUUAGGUUCAUGUAUAUUUGAGCUACAGAGAAACAGAGGGUUCUCUGACAAGGAAAACUGAAAAACGAACUAAACCGGGAGCUCUUGUAUAUUUCUGCUAAGUAAGUUUCAUUUUAAUGUUUUUAGUUUUGUAGGAUCUAAAGGAAAGGUUUAAAAAACCAAUAUAGAACCAUCAACAACAAAUUGAUAAAAAAUAUGAAAAACUACAAGAAAAAAACUGAAGGAUAAUGAUGAAAGACAGGCGAAUUCAUUAUUAUCCACAUAUGUUAAUUAUAUAUAUUCUAAUUAUUUAAUUCAUGAAGAUGAAACAUUUAUUAUUAUUGAUCAAUCUAUUUGUAAUAUGUUUAGCUUAAGAGAUAUAUUUUAUUAUUACGAAUAAAUGAGAACUAGGGUUGAGAGUAUCACGUUCGGUGAAUAAUAGUAGAAUAAAUCAAAUUCUAAUUGACUUAUUUCUUAUUUUUUCUAAAAAGCAAACUUGGUUAAUCAAAAUAAUGUUUAAGUUUCCUCAUAAUUUCUUUUUAUAAAACGAAAACUAUUAUAAACAAUACAAACAGGAAAAAUCUAAAAAAAAAAAAAGAAAAAAAUAUUAUUUAAGUA